ACAACGAACACGACGAGCACAACAAACACUACAAUACCAGUUUAUAAACCGACAAUAUUAGAAAUAGUGAAAAAUAUAGAUACAAAUCCAAACUUUACGAUGGCUUUGGAUAGCCUGACAAAGAUACAUCAAUCAACUAGCAAACCAAAAGCUGUGCAGCUGAAUCCAAUAUUAGAGAAAUUGAAUUAUGUUAUAGACGAUGCAAGUGAUCAGCUUGGUAGAUUUGACUACAAAAAUACGACGGAAGUUAACGUUUCCGAAUUAAACAAACAGAUAAAAUACACCGACCAAAAAGUACAGAAGUUGUUAAGACCUGCUGUUAGCUUAGCUGAUAAACAGCAAUCAACGGAUUCAGAAAAGUCUCAAUUGCACACUCUUAACGCAACUGCCGCGGAACUGAGUG